UGAAGCUGAAGAUUUGAAAGCAUCAACAUGGCUUCUUCAAAAGAGUCUGCAAAAGAAUAUGUCAGAAAUGCUCGUGAAAAUCUGGUUGGACAUCUACAAAACCUGCCUGUUAUUGUUGAAAAACUUCACCAACAGAAAGUUUUCAAUGCCAAUGAAGUUAGUAUAAUUGAGGCAGAACCAGAAAAGUACAACAAAACUAGGAAGAUAUUGGACUGGGUCUUAAACAAGGGUGAGGAGGCCUGUUAUAACUUUCUCCGAAUACUGGAUCGUGAGAGGAACUUGGUCUUUCCAAGGUCAGAUUCUUCUAGCCUGACUCCUGAUUUACAUACAUGGAUCUGCCUGUUCUCCUUUAGAGAUGAGGCUGAAGAUGACUAUAUUGAAGGACCCAUAUCAUGUCAUCGUCUGCAAAAUAUUUUAAGGACAACAAGAAAACAAAUUCUUGGUCAACAGUGGAGUCAGAACCUUCGGUUCUAUGGAGGAAAUGUUCAAGAAAAGUUCACUUUUCUUCCUCUAGUUUUAGAUACAGACACUAAAAAAAAUACACCCCGUAACAAAAUCAUACUUAAGAGUAAGAAAUCUACAAAGUCCCAUUCAAAAAAGAUGAAGGCCUACAUACCAAAGGACACACAGAGACAAUCCCCUGAAGAUUUACUCAAUAGCAGGGAGAAGAGUAUCCUAAUAGUAGGAAAACCUGGAAUUGGGAAGACGACAGUUGUUCAGCAAAUGUUGCAUCACUGGGCAGAAAGAGACGACAGAAAACUUGACUUCAUGUUUUACUUUGAUGAAAACACACUGACAAAUACCUCAACUCCAGUUAGCUUAGAAAAUCUCCUGCUGAGCACAUUUCUAAUGUCAAAUCCACAGAUUAAAGAAAAUGCUGAAGAAAUCUUGCAGUAUCUUCAAGAAUAUUCUGAAAGAGUCACCAUUGUUUUUGAUGGAAUCAGAGAUUUUCAGGACAACGUGAUUUUGCUGGAAAUCAUACAACUUCUGCCUGAAGCAAAGAUAGUGGCAACAUGCAGGCCUGAAGUAGAGUACGAGUUCUCUGACUGGACAACAUGCAAAGUCUAUGUUCAAGGUUUCAGUGAAGAGUCAAUUUAUGAUUUUUUUUAGGAAAGUGUCAGAUACUGAUCCAGAGUUGGUAGACAUUGUGAUAAACAAUCCUGCUCUCUUCAGUCUCUGCCACGUCCCUAUGUAUGCUUUUAUGGUGGCAGCCUGCAUUUCAUACUACACUUCUGAAGAAGCACAGAAACCCUUCACAGCUAGUGAGCUGUAUGUACGAAUUUUCCGUCACUGUCUACAGAGACACAGAAAUAAGAAACUACUGCAUUUAGAUGAACACAUUAAAAACUGCAGAGACAAGGUCCUGUCUUUAGCAGAGAGCGCUUUCAAUGCAACCAAGUUAAAAACUAUCGACCUGGAGUUUGAUUAUGAUGAGGGAGGCAUUGCUGGUGCUUUCUUGAAGACUGUCUCAGUUGUGUCACCAGCAUGUGCCAAGACAUUUUGUGCAUUUCUUCACAACACAAUGCAGGAAUUUUUUUUCUGCUCUCUGGCUUCUUGAAAAAUCAGAAAUACUUGAUGAUGUACUCCUUCUGUGUCAGAAUGAAAACAGUGAACACAUGAAAUAUAUAAUUCCUUUCCUCUGUGGACUUCAAUCACAAACCAACAUUGAUCAUCUGAAGUGUCUCUUUCCACUGAACAAAG